AUGAACUCAGUAGUGAACAAUGACCAACGAGACUGUCCCGAGCGAAUCAGAAACAGGUCCAUGGGACUUCGUUUGGCCUUGUGUAAAUCUGAACCUUUGAUCUCUGGACCAGAAAUGGUGUCGACUUCGCCUCGCCCUCUACGGGAGUACUUAACCGCAAUCAUUGACCGCCGCCUGGGCGUCUCGUAUUGCUUGAUGAUGAACGGUCAUGUCAACCCAAAGAAAACACCUCUUUUAAUUCCCUUUCCCGAGUCAGGCCGGCGCCACUCUGGUGUCAAGUCAGCCGCCAGCGUCUCGACUCUCAACUUGGUGUUAAGUUAAUGUCCACAGCU